GACAUUGUCCACGCGGCUCUGCAAGCUACAGAGAAGUGUAUCAAGCAGUGGCAGCAGCGCUGCCGUGCUUUGGCAGCGAAGUGCCAGGAGCUCGUGGCUCUCAUCGAGGACAAGCUGGCCACCCUUCCCAAAGGGAGCUAUGCAGAGGAGCUUGCUGCCGCGCUGACAAAACCCUGGCAGCCACGAGUUGCUGCCCUUCGCAGGUUGCUGGACACAGUCGAUGGAGCUGUGGAGGAGCAGGAUCGCUUGCGGGCUGGUCUCGCUGAAGCCUGCGCAGCCCUAGGCCUGGACCCCUCGGAUGUGGCGGGCAUGAGCCCCGAGGAGCUCAAGGCCGAG